AAAUUGUAAUGUGAUUCAUCUUUACUUUUUUCUGAGUUUAAUUUCCAUGGAGGCUAAGCCACUAAGACUCCCCUUUUCUCCUCCCUUCUCCGCCACUCCUUUCACGAAAUCAUUGAGAUCAAUCGCUUCAUUUCGCCCUCCAAUGUGGAAGAACUGGAACUUGCAGACAUCCAACAAAUUAGGGUUUUCGAAGGAUGGUGUUCAAUCUGUCCAGGCAUCUGCUACUUCAUUCGGAUCGAAGAAUCAGAUUAGGGUGGACGAGAGUGAGAUCUAUACUCUCGAUGGUAUAAGAAGUUCUUUAAUUCGACAAGAGGAUAGCAUCAUAUAUAGUCUUGUGGAAAGAGCUCAAUAUUGUUACAAUGAGGAUACAUAUGACCCCACUGCUUUUUUCAUGGAUGGCUUCCAGGGUUCUUUGGUCGAGUUUAUGGUCAAAGAAACCGAAAAGGUCCAUGCUCAGGUUGGAAGAUACAAGAGCCCCGAUGAGCAUCCAUUUUUCCCAACUGACUUACUCGACCCUAUGUUGCCGCCGUUGCAGUACCCACAGGUGUUGCAUCCUUGUGCUCAAGAUAUCAACAUUAACCGCAAAAUAUGGGAUAUUUACUUUAAACAUCUUCUCCCUAGACUUGUCAAGGAGGGAAAUGACGGUAAUUGUGGAUCGGCAGCAACCUGUGACUCCACGUGCUUGCAGGCCCUCUCUAAACGAAUUCACUAUGGUAAGUUCGUAGCCGAAGCCAAAUUCCGAGCUUCGCCAGCCGACUAUGAAGCUGCCAUCAAAGCUCAAGAUAGGACAAAACUGAUGGAUUUGUUGACGUACCCGGCUGUGGAAGAGGCAAUCAAGAAAAGGGUCGAAACAAAAACCAAGACUUUUGGUCAGGUGGUGAACGUGGGGUUCGGGGAAGAUGCGACCGAUCCGAUAUACAAAAUAAAACCGAGCUUGGUUGCCGAUCUUUAUGGAGUCUGGAUCAUGCCAUUGACAAAGGAAGUACAAGUUGAAUACUUGUUGAGAAGACUUGAUUGAAGAGAAACAAAGCCAAGCCAAGGAACCGCAAGUCAAUACUGCAAGACACUUUUUCUUGUGGUGCAGUAAGUUGCGGCAUGUCUUUGCUGUGCGGCAAGCUGCGACUUUGGCUUGUUUUUGUGCGUUACGCAUCAAGGUAUGGUGUCUAAAUUUGUUUUUGCGGCGGACCCACUUUUCAUCCGGAUGUGUCAGAAACCGUAAGGAAAAGUGCUUGAGUUGCGAUUUUUUGGCUAUUUUUGUGAAAAGAAAUUGGAGUGGCUAAGAAGUAGAAUUUUUUCCCCAUGUGGUUAUUAUUGAUAAUAACCCAAUUUUUAUGCCAUCUUGUUUGAAAUUUGUUGAAGUACAGAUAGUCGAUGACGAUAUCAUCGUAUGUUUAAUGUUUGAAUCGGCUCGAUGACCGUUUUCUUAUAUGAUUGCGGUUUUUGGC